AUGUCUGAUCACGGGGAAGUCGAGGUCGAAAACCCCUCUGGGGCUUUCCAGGCUUUGCCUAAGGACGCUCUUGCCGAGAUGGGCACCGUCAAGCUGUUCAACAAGUGGAGCUACGAGGAUGUUGAGAUCCGGGAUAUCUCUUUGACCGACUACAUCCAGAUCCGCAACCCCGUCUACAUCCCUCACACUGCCGGUCGUUAUGCCGCUAAGCGUUUCCGCAAGGCUCAGUGCCCCAUCAUUGAGCGCCUGACCAACUCUCUCAUGAUGAACGGUCGCAACAACGGCAAGAAGCUCAUGGCUGUCCGCAUCGUUGCCCACUCUUUCGAGAUCAUCCACAUCAUGACCGACCAGAACCCCCUCCAGGUCGCUGUUGACGCUAUUGUCAACUGCGGUCCUCGUGAAGACAGCACUCGUAUCGGUUCCGCUGGUACCGUCCGUCGUCAGGCCGUCGAUGUUUCUCCUCUCCGCCGUGUCAACCAGGCCAUCGCUCUCCUGACCAUCGGUGCUCGUGAGGCCUCUUUCCGUAACAUCAAGAGCAUUGCCGAGUGCCUGGCUGAAGAGCUCAUCAACGCUGCCAAGGGAAGCUCCAACUCUUACGCCAUCAAGAAGAAGGACGAGCUCGAGCGUGUUGCCAAGAGCAACCGGUAA